AUGCCUAUUUUUAGCGAUGGGGAGCUCGUGACCUCGGUCGUCGUGUAUCCCGGCAACACGGAGGUGCAGAUGCUUAUCCGAUGGGCCAACAAGAGCCUGUUUCCUAUCUAUUCCAUUUCCAUGGGACGCAACCUCAACCUAGGCCGUAUGCGGGUUGCUCUGGAUAUCAGCCCCGACGAUUGCACCUGUCUGGUCGAGCCGGGUGUGUCCUACUUUACGCUAUACGAAGACAUACAGCGCCGUGGCUGGCUGACUAGCUGUGGAUCGACGUGCUCGACCUCGGCGGUGGCUCUGUCUUUGGCAACGCGGUCGACCACGGCGUCGGCUACACGUCCUAUCACCAAGAUGGACAUGACCCUCAUGCCUAGCCCCGGUGGCCACGAAGGCUCUGACAGUGCUGCCGGCCAGGUACCGCUUGAGGUGAUGUACACUGCUGCGGCCAGCCAUCCGACCGGUGAUCAUGCCAUGGGCGAAAUGCUGAAGCAGGACGGCUUCUGGGAUGCCCAGCUUAGGGAGACACGGUUCAGAUACGACGAAUGCGAUGCAUGCUCUGCUAUUGGUGCCCGCCAAUCCUAA